CGUCGAAUCAUUCCCGUCGUUUAAAAUCACCCGGCACGUUCGGUACUACCUUCUUCGAGUGAAACAAAUUUUGCUGUAAAGUAAACCAAUUCCAGGACACAUCAUGUUCUCGUUCAAACGAGAAUUCGACUUCACCGGAUACAGUUUCAUUGUGCCGUCCGUCAGCGUCGGCAACGUACCGCAGCUGGCCGUGGAUGUCGUUAUCGAAACGCUCCAACUGGAACCCGCCGGCCAAGUAUGGCAUCCGGCCCUCAUACCGAUCGUCGGACCGGCCGCAUUCGAACACGAACCGAGCGCGUCCAUCACCACGUCGGCCGAGCUGUACGCCUCGGAGGAACGAAAACUACUGGUGCUGCAGAUCCGUGCCCCACUCGUUGGCGCCUUGCAGAAGCAAUUCUUUGAGCUGUUGGCCGACUUUGUGCGUGACCGUAAGCUAGCGCGCGUGUUCCUUCUUUCGAGUUGCUUUUCGCACGAAAAGUUCGAUAUCCGAACCGGACCGUUCCGGUAUGUUUCGAACGAACCGUAUAAUCAAUCCGACGCAGCGGCACGGCUGGAGGAUGGACAACGGUGGAUCAAGCACGCGGGAGGUGUGAUCCAUGGUGGAGGGUAUGCUUUGAAGCUUCAGGAAGCCCUAACUUCGCGGGGGGUGGCCACACUCGUUUUCUUCAUGUACGUGUCGGAGGGAGACAACACGGCCGAAGGGCUUAUGUUGGCGCGGAUGCUGCACGCGGUAAGUGGAGAGCAGUUGUUGCCCGUCCAGGCCGACCAGGUGGACGUGCGAGUUCCGAAAUCGUGGAAACAUCUUUAUGGUACUGGACACCCGAGAGCUUUAUAUUGAGGAAUUAAACCCCUUUGUUUUGGAUCUAUAACUUGGUAAAACGGGAAGAUGUAAAUUAAAAUUAAAAUAAAAUAAAUAAGCUUGCUUUUAACGGGAACGCUUGA